UCAUCAUGAGCAAUUGAGCUUCAACAACAAUUCACUCCACUUUUCCUUGCAUUCUCUCUCUCUCUCUCUUUCCCUCUCCACCUUUCCCCUUGCUUUUCUCUCUCACCUUCCUUGAGCCGCUGAGCCCCACUCCUCCUCCAUUGAUCCAUCCACUGCUGUUGAGCUAUUUUAUCACUCAUAGAGAAGGCACAAGAAGCUUGAGGAGGAGACAGAUGGGGAGGGUGGGGGAAGGUGCAUUGCAUUGCCAAUUUGCACACCAAGAUUGAUCGAUUGAUUGGCAUUAGGGAGAUGAGAUGAGAUUAGAUUAGAGAGAAGAGGGAGAAGAAAGGGUGGGAGACAGGUGGACAAAAAGGGUAAAGCGAGAGGAGGAGUAAAGGUGGUGGAGGAGAGUGAAGGAAUCCAAUCCAAUCCAGUCUUGAUCGAUCCGUCGCGCGUGCGUGCGUGUGCGUGCGUCGUCUCGUCCUCCUCCCCAGAUUGGGAGCAGAGCAGAGUAGAGCAGGAGUGCGCGCGAAGCAAAGCGGGAGGAGGCGCCACCGACACCGAUCGGAUCCCGCAUUCCGCCGCCGCCGCGCACGCCCGGAGUGGGUGGUUCGAAGCUUCUUCAAGCUCGCUUGCUAAGCGUUUGGCUAGCUGAAGGUAUUGAACAUACUUGAUCAGAGAGAUAGCGGGGGAUGGAUCGAAGAAGCUGGCCUUGGAAAAAGAAGUCUUCUGAUAAAUCAUCAGCUGGAGAUGUGUUGAAGAGUUCCGGUCAAGCAGAGCAGGAUGAACAAGUACCAAAAUUUGUGCAGAUUUCACCAGAAAGAUACACAAAUCUUACUGAAUCAGAAGAGCAAGUGAAGAUUCUAUGUGAUAAGGUGAAUGUGUUGAAUGAAAAACUAUCUGCAGCACAAUCAGAUAUUACUACCAAAGAUAGCCUAGUAAAGCAGCAUGUCAAAGUGGCAGAAGAGGCUGUAUCAGGUUGGGAGAAAGCUGAAGCAGAGGCCUUGGCGUUGAAACAUCAACUAGAAACUGUUACAUUAUCUAAGCUAGCCGCUGAGGAAAGAGCUGCCCAUCUGGAUGGUGCUCUCAAGGAAUGUAUGAAGCAAGUGAGGACAGUGAAGGAGGAAAGCGAGCAAAAGCUGCAAGAUGUUGUCUUUGCAAAAACCAAGCAGUGGGAGAUGAUGAAGGCCGAACUAGAAGCAAAAUUAGCUUCUUUUGAACAUGAGCUUAUUAGAGCAGGUGCUGAGAAUGACGCACUCUCAAGAUCUCUUGAAGAGCGGGAACACUUAAUGAUGAAGGUUGGUGGGGAAAAAGAGCAAGCAGAAUCUCAGAUCGAAGUGUUGAAAGGCACUAUUCAAUCUGGUGAAAAAGAGAUAAGUUCAUUGAAGUAUGAACUACAUGUUCUUUCCAAAGAAUUUGAAAUUCGCAAUGAAGAAAAGAACAUGAGUGUGCGUUCAGCUGAUGUAGCAACCAAGCAACAUGUAGAGGAUGUCAAGAAAAUAUCAAAACUGGAAGCGGAGUGCCAAAGGUUACGUGGUCUUGUUCGGAAAAAGUUACCCGGGCCAGCUGCAUUAGCUCAAAUGAAGCUGGAAGUGGAUAGCUGGGGCAGAGACCAUGCUGAUAACAGAUUGCGACGCUCCCCUUCAAGGAGUUCUAAUUUCCAUCAUCCUUUGUCACCAUCCCCUGAUAAUUCUCUUGAAAACUUGCAGCACAUGCAGAAAGAGAAUGAAUUUCUGACUGCACGCUUGUUAUCGAUGGAGGAUGAAACAAAGAUGUUAAAAGAGGCGCUGUCAAAGCGUAAUAAUGAGUUGCAGGUGUCAAGAAACACAUGUGCUAAGACAGCAGGCAAGCUCCGCAGCAUGGAUGUUCAUAUGGUGAGUGCUAGGCAGUAUAAGAAUCCAACAAAUUCAAACCUUGAUGUUCACCAUGAUGGUGCACUGAGCCUGAAUGGAAGUAACCCACCAAGUCUGACUUCCAUGUCCGAAGACGGAGUUGAUGAUGCAACAAGUUGUGCCGAAUCUUGGGCCAAUGCUUUGAUAUCUGAGCUCUCACACAUCAAGAAAGAUAAUGGAGGUAAGGGCAGUUUGACAGAAAAUUCCAAUCAGAUGGUACUCAUGGAUGACUUUCUAGAGAUGGAGAGGUUGGCGUGUUUAUCUCCUGAAGGAAAAGAAUGUGGAAGCUUUAUUGACAAGAAGAAGGCCACUAAAGUUCACACAACUCUCACUACCAUCACUAAACGGGAAAGUGAUAGAGAUUCAUGGCCAUCCUCGCAGUUCCCAGAUACACCAUCCAGCAGUGAGCAUCUGCCUGAGAACUCCCCACUUUCAAAAUUGCACUCAAGAAUUUCUUCUCUCUUAGGUUCUCAUUCACCACAGAACAAUGUUGGCAAGGUCCUAGAGGGUAUCAGAAAUAUCCUAAGAGAUAUCAAGGAAGAAGCAGAAUCAGUGAGUGCAAAAAAGAAUCAGCCUGAUAACAUGAAUGGACUUGCUGAUAAUGGAUCUUUGACAAAGCAAUCCAAGAACCUGAGGGAUGUGGAUCAUGGUCUAAGACAUGCUAUUUUGGAAAUUCUUGAUUUUUUCCAGCCAUUUAAAAGACAACUAUCUGAGGUCCAAGGUAAAAGUUCCCACCAAAACACAAUCCUUGAGAAAAUAGAAAAGUUCUCCACUAUAGCUGACAAAGUUGUGCUAAACGAAAAUGCUCUUGCCGAAAUGGUGAUUGCAUUAGCGGAAAUUUUGGCAGGAAAUUCUGCUAUUAAACUCACAUUGCCGAGAGACAGCAUCACUGAAACCGAGAGCAAUAAUCUGGACUAUGUUGAUAAAGUGACCUUAUUGGAAAACAAAGUGCAUCAUGAGCCAAUUAAAGAUAGCCUUGCUGAUAUUUGUUCACUUGCGCCUCAUUCGUCUUCUGAUCCUGACUUUGAGGGUUCUAGGGAUGCAUUUGUUGUCAAAACCACAGUGCAGAUGUGCUCAAUGGAGGAAUAUGAACAACUGAAAUCGGAGAAGAGGAAAUUGGAGAUGGAAUUAGCAAAGUGCAAUGAAACUAUCGAAUGUAGAAAGCUUGAGUUUAGUCUGAUGGAGAAAAACAUGGAAGAGCUUACGUCAAAGUUAUCUGCAUGCGAGAAAUCGAAUAGCUUGACUGAGACACAGCUGAAGUGUAUGGCUGAAUCAUACAAAUCACUUGAGUUACACAAGUUGAAAUUAGAAAGUGAAAUAGAAGUUAUGCAUAGACAAAUAAAUACUUUGAGAACUGAACUUGCUGAUGAAAGACAAAACCAUCAGGACGAUUUGGCGAAGUACAGAGAUCUUAAGGAGAAGAUUGAAAGGUAUGAGAAUGAGAAGAAUACUUCAUCUGUAGAUGAGGAUGCAGGUGUUAAAAUAAAGCAGGACAAAGAGAUCGCAGCAGCAGCAGAGAAGCUUGCAGAAUGCCAGGAGACAAUAUUGCUUCUUGGCCGUCAGCUGCAGACUCUUCGCCCCCCUCCAGCAGAACCACUGGGUUCUGUGUUAAACCAACAACCUGUGGGGGUGUUUUCUGAAGAUCAAGCUAGAACAACCCAAGGCUUGCAUUUUAAGAAGCUGUCAGGUCAAUUUGAUACAGAUCACACAUUCUCAAGUGCACCGGGAACAGGAAACGUAUCUCCGCUAAAUGGAUAUAGAACACACAAAAGCCCCUCCAAUCUUGAUGGAAACACUUACUUCGCUUCUCCAAACAACUCCAAGCGUCCAAAGCACAGAUCAAGGUCUUCUUCCUCUUCCUCAUUUACUAACCAGUUCACAGAGAAACAGAGCCGAGGUUUCAGUCGGUUAUUUUCGAAGAGCAAGAGCGAAUACUAACCGACUUUUGAGCUUGUUUUGCUUGUCGUGGCAAGCACUGCAGGUGUAUAUUUUUGCCAACAAAACCUACCACCUAUUUGUGUAUUAUGUAGAUGAUGCCUGCACUUACCAGAUUCUAGUAGUUUUUGCUUGAGAUUUUAGCUGUAUCCAUAUUCAGUGUGGUUGUCAGCCGUCAGUACUAAGAACCAUCCUUUGCCCUGGAUUUUUUUGGGUUGCUGUUACUGCUUAUACCUCAUGGAACCUCACUGUAAAUUUGCCUAGCUACCUCGAUGAAGAUUGAGAAGGUAAUGUUGUUAGCGUGAAGAGAUUUCUCUUGCCAAGGUUCAGUUAACCGCUAGCUUGUGUUGUGGUUGGUUAGUUCUCUGUACAGAUAACCUGAAAAAAGUUUGGAGUUUGCUGUCAAGUUUUUGAUUGUAAAGUAUUUGGAUACUCUGUGUGCUAACAGUUUGGAAUGUAAUGUGUUGCCCCAGUUCAAACAAUAUCAGUUUUAUGCUGCAACCGAGUUCAGUUUUG